AUGAAUUAUCUUAUAUUGUCAGUAGUAGUUUAUUACUCUUGGGAUAUAAACGUCCGAGACAUGGCUUUGAAAACCUUAUUGCUCCUUUUAGUUGUUUGCAUUUCUGUUAAAGCAGAAACACUGUUCAAUCCCUGUGUUAAAGAUGACGUUAAAUGCGUUGGGGCCGCUACACAGACUUUCAUGUCAAAAACUUACGGUGGUUAUCCAAAAUUGGGUAUUAAACCGAUUGAUCCACUAAUCGUACCAUCGACUGAUAUUUCCAUUGACGAAAAAAUAGGACUGGUGCUCCACUUUAAGAAUACCAAUAUUACAGGACUGAAGAACUUGCAGAUAAUUGACUUCAAAUUGGACACAGAUAAAAACAUUGGACUAAUGAAAAUGCAAGCUGAUGUUUCGAUAGUUAGUGAUGUAGAAGUUGAACUAACUAAACUGCAGAAAGUGUUUAAAGGACCUUACACUGCUUCGACAACUAUAGUCGGCACAUCAGAAUACGGCGCCAAUUUAAAAACUGUGAAUGGGAAGCAGUACUUUGACCUUGGCCCAGAGACAACAAACUGCGAAAUCCUUGGGGAACCAAUAGUGAGUCUAGGUGCUGAGUUACAAGGAGCUAUAGAUAAAGAUAAUGACGCAUCACGCCUAAGGCCCGAAUAUGAAGCUAAAAAAUCAGCCUUACGCAAGAAGGCUCUGUGCGUGGUCUUGAAGCAAGGUUUUUCAACCAUCAUUAGCAAUUUAAGAUCUGUAGCAAACGCCUUUGAUAAAAGUGCCUUCUUUACGGAUAUUUAA